AAGCUCAGCCCAGCCAGUUACGAAGACGAGGAUGAAGAUGUUAAAGUUGAGGAGGCUGAGAUAGUAGAGGAAUUAUGUGCCCCCAGGUAACACUGAAUAAUCGGGAGCAAGUAAUGGGUGGUAACAUAUGAAAAAGGUCUAGGAGGCACGCCCUCUCUGGCAUCUACGAUGGGCCGAAAGCCUGCAUUCCCUUGGCCACAGUAUGUGAAAUUCAACCCAGCUUAGACACAGGGUGUGGCUGCUGUUGCGUUUCUCUGUGUGUGGCGGGUGUCAUGCCUGUACCGUACAGGGAUAGCUGAGCCUUCGUCCUCCUCGGCUCCUAUCUGUCCAGUGCGGUGAACACCAGUUGCUCUCUUCCUCUCUGGCUCCCAUGGCAGCCAUGCUCUGUUGCAGAGAGAAGAGGAUUGCCUGUUCCCUCUUAAAGGGAACCUCCUGUUUGCUUUCUGGGGCCACUCUCUUAAUGCCUCCUGUCAACACCAGCCAGGACUCCCUGGGGUCCAGUCCCUCUGUGUUUAAUCUUCUGUCAUCUCUUUCCCACCUGGCUCAUCAGGGAGGUGCGGAAGGCUGAAGAAAUGGAAGUCCCUGAGGACUCACUGGAGGAAUGUGCCGUCACUUGUUCCAAUAGCCACGGCCCUUGUGAGUCCAACCAGCCUCACGGGAACACCAAAAUCACAUUUGAGGAAGACCAAGUCGGCCCACCUCUAGUUGUAGGCAGUGCAUCCUCUGAUGAUGAAGGGCAGGAUGCUCCAAACCUUCUCCCAGAGUCGGAAGACGGCAAAGACCUCAUGAAGUCUCCGCUGCGGGAUGAGCGGCUGUUCACGGAAGAGGAGCUUUCGGAGCAGCUCAGGCAAUAUGAAGUCCUGGUUUUCUCUCGGGAACGGGAGCUGACCCAGUUAAGCGUGAAGUUACGGGAAGGGAGAGAUGCCGCCCGCUCGUUGAUUCGGCAUCUCCAGGCCCUUCUCACCCCGGAUGAGCCGGACGAGUCCCAGGGGUGGGACCUCCGAGAACAGCUGGCUGAGGGAUGUAGGCUGGCACAGCGCCUCGUCCGAAAGCUCAGCCCAGCCAGUUACGAAGACGAGGAUGAAGAUGUUAAAGUUGAGGAGGCUGAGAUAGUAGAGGAAUUAUGUGCCCCCAGGGAGGUGUGGAAGGCUGAAGAAAAGGAAGUCCCUGAGGACUCACUGGAGGAAUGUGCCGUCACUUGUUCCAAUAGCCACGGCCCUUGUGAGUCCAACCAGCCUCACGGGAACACCAAAAUCACAUUUGAGGAAGACCAAAUCUACUCAACUCUCAUUGACUCAUCCUCUCAUGAUGAAUGGUUGGAUGCUGUAGACAUUUUCCCAGAAAAUGAAAAUGAUCAUGAGGAAGAGGAAGAAAAAGGGCCAGUGUCUCCCAGAUCAUCUGGAAGGUUUUGUUGUCUAAUCUCUGUUGGUUGUAUCUUCUGUCAUCCCUGUCCUGCCUGGCUCAUCAGGAAUCUGCAGGAGUCUGAAGAGGAGGAAGCCCCCCAGGAAUCCUGGGAUGAAGGUGAUUCGACUCUCUCAAUUCCUCCUGGCAUAUCUGCCUCAUACCAGUCUGACAGGAGCACCUUUCACUCAGUAGAGGAACAGCAAGUCGGCUUGGCUCUUGACAUAGGCAGACAUUGGUGUGAUCAAGUGAAAAAGGAGGACCAAGAGGCCACAGGUCCCUGGCUCAGCAGGGAGCUGCUGGAUGAGAAUGAGUCUGAAGUCUUGCAGGACUCACUGGAUAGAUUUUAUUCAACUCCUUCUGGGUAUCUGGAGCUGCCUGACUUAUGCCAGCCCUACAGAAGUGCGUUUUACUCAUCGGAGGAGCAACACCUUGGCUUGGCUCUUGACGUGGACAGAAUUAAAAAAGACCAAGAAGAGGAAGAAGACCAAGGCCCACCAUGCCCCAGGCUCAGCAGAGAGCUGCUGGAGGUAGUAGAGCCUGAGGACUUGCAGGACUCACUGGAUAGAUGUUAUUCGACUCCUUCCAGUUAUCUAGAACAGCCUGAUUCAUGGCAGCCCUACGGAAGUUCCUUUUACUCAUUGGAGGAAGAACACAUUGGCUUUUCUCUUGACGUGGAUGAAAUUGAAAAGUACCAAGAAGGGGAAGAAGAUCAAAACCCACCAUGCCCCAGGCUCAGCGGGAUGCCGAUGGAAGCAGAAGAGCCUGAAGUCUUGCAGGACUCAGUGGAUAGAUUUUAUUCAACUCCUUCAACUUACUUUGAACUAGAUGCCUCAUUCCAGCACUACAGAAGUGAUUUUUACUCAUUUGAGGAAGAGCACGUCAGCUUGGCCCUUGACGUGGACAAUAGGUUUUUUACUUUGACAGCGAUGAGGCACCACCUGGUCUUCCAGAUGGGAGGCAUAUUCCCACACUAAGCAGCCCUUACUAAGCUGAGAGAUGUCAUUGCUGCAGGCAGGACCUGUAGGCACAUGUCGGUUUAAAUGAAACUGUAGUUCCCUUUGGAAGCCCAGACAAAAGUUUUUAGUUGUAUAGAUUAAAAUAAUUUUGGACAAAAAUUAAAACUCAAUAGGAUGGGAAAGUGGGCAUGGCUCUAUUCCUAUUCUCAGACCAUGCCAGUGGCCACCUGUGCUCAGUCUGAAGACAUUGGGCCCAAGUUAGGUGUGACACGUUCACAUGACUGUAGCACAUGCUGGGAGUGAUCUGCGAGACAUUCUAAUUUGAACCAGAUAUCUCUGGGUAGCUACAAAGUUCCUCAGGGAUUUCAUUUUGCAGGCAUGUCUCUGAGCUUCUAAAUCUGCUCAAGGUCAAUGUCAUCUUUGUGUUUAGCUCAUCCAAAAGUGUCACCCUGGUUUCAAUGAACCUUACCCCAUUCUUUGUAUCUUCAGUGUUGGUUUGUUUUAGCUGAUCCAUCUGUAACACAGGAGGGAUCCUUGGCUGAGGAUUAUAUUUCAGAGCCACUGACUGCUCUUGACAAUUGUUAACCCACUAGGCUCCUUUGAUUAGAGAAGCCAUAGUCCUUCAGCCUCCAAUUGAUAUCAAUACUUAGGAAGACCACAGCUAGAUGGACAAACAGCAUCGAGAGGCCUUAGCCCUGCUCCUUUCAAUUCUAUCCUGUAAAAAACAGGAGUCAGGAGCCGCUGGCAGGGGACAGCAUGUCACCUGGGACUCUGCCGGUGCAGAAUAUGAACAAUGCCAUGUUCUUGCAGAAAACGCUUAGCCUGAGUUUCAUAAGAGGUAAUCACCAGACAACUGCAGAAUGUAGAACACUGAGCAGGACAACUGACCUGUCUCAUUCACACAGUCCACGUCACCACAAAUCACACAGCAAAAAGGAGGAGAGAUAUUUUGGGUUCAAAAAAAGUAAAAAGAUAAUGUAGCUACAUUUCUUUAGUUAUUUUGAACCCCAAAUAUUUCCUCCUCUUUUUGUUGUUGUCAUUGAUUGUGGUGACAUGGACUUGUUUGUAGAGGACAGGUCAGCUGUCUGGCUCAAUGGUCUACAUUCUGAAGUUGUCUGAAAAUGUCUUCAUGAUGAAAUUCAGCCUAAACGUUUUGUCAAGAGCACUGCAGAGUCAAUACUGUGAGUUUCCAACCUCAGCCCAAAUGUGGGCAGAGAAGGUCUAGUUUGUCCAUCAGCAUUAUCAUGCUAUCAGGACUGGUUACUUGGUUAAGGAGGGGUCAAAGAGAUCUAUCCCUUUUAGAGACACCUUACUUAUAAUGAAGUAUUUGGGAAAGUGGUUUUUAAAAGUAUCAAUGUCUUGUAUUCCAAUGAUCAUCCUCUAAACAUUUUAUCGUUUAUUAAUCAUCCCUGCCUGUGUCUAUUAUUAUAUUCAUAUCUCCACACUGGAAAUUUUCUGUCUCAAUUUUUACUGUGCCUUUGUUUUCGCUAGUGUCUGUUGUUGAAAAAAAAACAUUCUCUGCCUGAGCUUUAAUUUUUGUCCGAAGUUAUUUUAAUCUAUACAAUUAAAAACUUUCGCCUAUCACUCUGGACUGUUGGAUUGUUUUUUACAUUCAGUGUUAUAAUCUUUUGUUAUGCUGAUUGGUUUUGGUGGGUACUGAUGCGAAUUAAUAAAAACAUUUUCAUUUC